CUCCGCCUUCGUCCAGGUCUGGAGCUGGUUUUAGGCGUCCCUUGCAGACAGCAUGGGCUGACUCAACUGUGACAGACAGCAAAAAUCUGGCUGACAGGUGCCCUGGGAGGGGCCAUGGUGCCACAGUUGUGGGGGAAACUGAAGCAACCAUUUCUCUUCCUGAGCAGUGCCUCACUCCUGCUGGGUCUGGCUUUACUAGUCAUCCAGCCUAAUGUCGCGCCUGUUGCUUAUUUCUUCCUUUGCUUGGCUGGCUUCUGCUUCUGUGCCUGCCUCCUGGCCUGUGUUGUGGAACUGUGCCUCCAGUCAACGCAGAGCUCAAGGGAGACUGAGAAUCCAGAGACCUCAGGCAAUGCGCGGGACAAUGAAGCUUUUGAGGUGCCAACCUAUGAACAGGCUGUGGUGGUGAUGGACUCACAAUCUCAGCGCCACUUCCCAGAGCUGGAGCAACCACCCCCUUACAGCAGCAUCGUAGUAUCCCCAGGAGCUGAGGGAGCACAGCCUAGCCAACCAGAGAGGCCUAUCACAGGCAGGCUGAAAAGGCGAGUGGGCUCAGAGGGGACAAUGACUCGUAGAGGAAACUCAGGAAGAGCACUUCGACUUAGGGGUCCACGAGUUGUGUCCACUGCGCCUGAUCUGCAAAGCUUGAGGAUGGCCCCCAAAUUGGAGCCAAAUACUCCACCCCCUGCCUAUGAAAUCUGUUUUGCUCACCCUGAUGACGACGAUGUUUUCUAUGAAAAUAAAUGGAUAGUUCCCUAAGCGAUACCCUCAGAACUCAUCAUCUGUGCCUGUUUGCCGAGUAUUUCCUAAUAUCUACUGAAUCAAAAGCUGGCUUUUCCCGGACUUCACAAAUGGGCCCUUCAAACCAGCGAGGUGUCGGGCUAUACCUAGUGUGGUAUACUUGGAUUCUUCUGGAAACAUUCUGGAGCCGGCCUGAUGACAGCAUUUCCACAGGAAGAUGAGAAAGAUAAGUGAUCAAGAAUAUCUGGAGCGGUACCUCUGAGUAAUAGCUGUGUUUCAUCUGUUCCAGACACCAAGCCUCCCUAAGAUUUCUGGUGGAGUAUUACCUACCAGGACAAUGAGAGAUUCUAAGGGUGAGGGGAGCUGAAUAGUUUACACGAGAACAAGAUACUAGUAAAAACAUAAAAAUAACUCGAAUCAAAUCCUAA